AUAGCGCACAUAUACAUGGAGUACAAGGUGAAUCACAAUCUCAACUAUACAAAAACUAAGAGACCAGACUAUACAAUAUACAUGCACCAACCAUGUAUUCAACAGCCUGGCACGGCAUCAUCGACGCCGGCCACCUACUGCGGGCGGACCUCCUUCCGCACACGCUCGGCGGGAUCUUCAUAGAUUUCCGCUUCCUACAGGUCUCGGAGCUCUUCCGUCCGUCGACCAGGACCGCGGUCUCCGGCGACCUCACCUAUAGCUCGGCCAACACCGCCGUCGGCAAGCACUGCAACGGCCUCGUCCUGCUACUCUCCCACACGGUGGUCAACCGCGCGACACGGCGGUGCGCGCGGCUGCCGCCGCUGCCCUCGCGCGCCGGGAUGGAGGAUUUCUACGCCUUGGGAGGAGAGGAGUUUCUGGUGUUUGAUCCCAGCGUCUCUCCUCACUACGAGGUGGUCUCUGAGAACCUGUGAACCUUGCCCCAAAAGCCGCAAGGGCCUAUUGUUUGUUGGUGCCAUUGAGAUCGACCCAAGGCGCCGGGGAGAGCCAAGAUUUGGAAGCGCUACAUCAAGACAAGCUGGACGUGCAGUUUGCGCUUUUGUUUGAUUGCUGGCUGGAUGCUCGCCCAAGUUCCGGAUGAUGUGAUUGCUGCAUGCUGAUAUUGUUUCGUACUUGGUCUGCUUGUUGCUUUCCUUCUGAACUAGCUUGCUUGGUGUGUUUCUUUGGUAGGAGGGGUGCAUUGGAGUAGUAAGUAGGUAGCUCUUAGAGAUGGAAAUCCUGGUAUGGUAGUGAUGGCAGGAGGAGGCAAAGCACACAAGUUGUCUUUCUGCUCACACAUAUGUAUGUGACAUCUCAGUUAUAAUACCAUAUAUG